CCAAUGGGUGCAUUAGUUGUUGUAACACUUAUCAGCGCCAUCUUCAAACACUCAUUUUCGGGUUUGGGUGUUGUCAGUAUAUUUGAUCAAAAUGAAUAUCUUGCAUACUAUUGUAUGUGAUAUUGCUCCAGAUAUGCUCCGUUCUGUGCCGAUUCCAAAGUCUUUUCGAGACAUUUUUCGUUUAUCAUUAAAGGAUGUGCUAGCCCUCACUGUUUUUGGCUCAUUCAGUGGAGCUAUCGGCUAUGCUGUGUUUACUACUGUAAUGCUUCACCUUGGAAAACGGAAGAUUCUUAUCAAUAAUGAAAUUCGGAAACAUAUUACUAAAUGCGUUGACGUUGUAGAUAUUGAGUCCAUAACAGAUAAAAAGGUGUAUUGCCGAUGCUGGAAGUCAUCCAAAUUUCCUUAUUGUGACGGCGCACAUAACAAACAUAACGAGGAAACUGGAGACAACGUUGGCCCGCUCAUAAUUGAAACCAAAAAGUCAUCUUAAUAAGUCUGGGCACAAAUCAGCAAUAAUUUCCUGAUUGCUCCGUAAUUAUAGCCGCAAUUCCGUAGUUACCUUAACUGUGUUUUAUUCUGUUUUAAGUUGUUUUAUUAAACGUAACAGCAUUUUGACAUAAUACCCAGUGAAAUAUAUUGUUACCAAAUGAA